AUGGCCAGUGGUGAUAACCAUCAGGCAUGGGGCUUCUCCCACUUUAAUCAGAAUGGCCCUGAGCCGGGCCAGGGCACCUUUGUGAACUCAACCUUUGGUGCUCCUGCUGGCGGUGGCAUGGACGACAACCCCUUUUCUGUUGCUCAUGCUCACCAAUGGCAACCACAUGACAGCCAUUUCCUGCAGGAGAAUGGCUAUCCCUCAUACCAAUCCCAGCACCAUUCCCAACAUCAACCCCAGCAUCAGCCCCAGCAUCAGAAUCAGCAUCAACACCAGCACCAGUCCCAGACCCAGGAUCAAGGCCAAGCAUACCAAGUUCAAGGUUUCUCUGGGCCAAACUCUCAUAUUCAAAGUCAUCAGCAUCCUCAAACGUACUCACAUCCGGCCCCUAUAACACUGGAUGGCCAGCAAGAAUUGACAUGGGAUUAUGAUUUUGCCUUCGAGUCAAACCCCUUGACGAACAUGUCGUAUGGAAGUGGCCUGCAACAUGCCUCUCAUGCCAAUGGCUUGCCCGGUACCUUCGCGCAGGAAAUGCCCAAUACGCUGUCACAGCAGCAUCAAUUCCUUGCAGAGCCUUCCGGUGGCCGUAUGUACUCGCCAGCCCAACAAGUCUCAUCAAAUGCCAGGAGCCCGCAGCAACACCCGCCGCAGCCAGUGGCCCAACAGAUGAAUCAGAGACAUCCGAUGGAAUAUCAUCAAUCCAGCAUGAGUCAGCAGCAGCAGCAGCAGCAGCAACAGCAACAGCAACAGCAACAACAACAACAACCUGCAAUAAAUCAACACCAGCAGGUCAACCAGUUGCAAAACGGAAGUUCGCAGCAAACUCAGCCUCAGACGAUGACCUUUCAACAGCAGGUACCUAGAGUAGGCACGCCUCAGUCGCUUGGUGCAAGCCCGCAGCUUCGCCAGUCUCCAUUCAAUGGUCACCAGGUACCUCCCGUCCCUGUGCAACAGGUACAAUUUGGAAUUCAAAAUGGUCGUGGUAGUCCAGCAGUGCCGUUCUCGGCUCCUCAGCAGAUGAAUACCGCAAAGGCGCAGCAAAAUCUAUCGAACCCCCCCACGACGCAGAGUCGAUUCAUGCCCCAACAGGGUAUGCCCCCCCAGGUUAUGCCCUCGCAGACUGUGCCUGCGCCUCGGCCGACUGCUAGCCCAGUAUCCAUGAGCAACACGACUGCAUUGCAGAGCAUAAAACCAAAGACUCAACAAACUAUCCAGCAAUAUGUCCAUCCUGUCCAGCCGAACGCCCAGCCGAACGUCCAGCCAAAUACCCAACCGAACACCCAGUCAAAUGCUCAACCGAACGCACAGCCAGUCCUACAACCAAGAGCCAAUUUGUCGACUCAAUCAUCAGCUUCCUUUCAACAAACUACGGUAGGUGGUCUUGCACCGCCCCGCGUAACGAGACGGGAUGACAACGCAAUACCAAGCGUUGGGUCGCGAUAUGUCGGGUUUUCACUCGUGCCUCCGGCAGAACUCGAGGAUAGCACGGAACAAGAAGCACCUAUCGGUGACCUCAGAGACCCAGAUGAGAUCACCGGUGGACCACUUGAUUAUCGUUUUCCAGCACAGAACAAUCUUUUCCGCCCUCUUGCGUCUUCAAUCUUACAAGAAUGGUCUAAGGCGAUCGACAAAGACGACAGCGCUGGACAGAAUGAUCAGGAGCAGCGUCUCAAGCAGCAUUUUGGAGGCUUCGUGCCCAACUACUAUGCAGAUACGCUGAAAGAGACUGUAGCUGCAAAGGAGAAAGCCUCUCGCAAGCCAGGCCCCAAACGAAGCAAGACUCGACCGGCAGACGAGGCCGACGCGGCUGAAUGGGACUCGAUUGGCGUGGUCUAUCUGACGAAGUCAAAUCCUUCGGGGGCAGAAAUUGGGGCCGCAGUGGCUGCGUACGGUAAGCUGAUUCGUGGGCUCACUGGCGAGUUCCAGACGACGAAGCAAAAACUCAAGACAGCAAAAGAGGCGGAUGCUGCCGCCUUGAAAGACAAGGUUGCGCGCAGGCUAGAGAUCAUCUGUCGGGCAGUGGAAGGAGCGAACAAGUGGGGCGAUCAUCAGGUUUUGGCAAAUUUGGGUGGUAAUCAGAAGCUCAUCAGCGACUUCGUGACAUGCCUGAUCCACGCCAACAAUUCCGCUGACCACAAUGGUAAAGCUGCAAAAGCCGUGCUGCGGCUGAUGUCCGAAGUGACAACCAUGGAAAAGGAAUUUCUCAUGACAAACCUCCAAUUUUCCAAGAUCAGCAAAAAGUUUGAGUCCAAAGGUGACGCAGAUGUGAAGGAGCUGGUGAAGAAAAUCAAAGAGAAUUUGAAGACCAGGGAGGAGGUCUUGAAGGAUGGCCAGCUGGAAGGUGUAGAAGGCACUUCGACCCCAGACCCUCCUAACGCACCUCCAAAGGGCGUGCCUGCGUCCACCUCUGCCACUGCCGACGCCUCCAAAAAGAAGACAACGAGCACGGCGAUGGCGAAGGCAGCGCCAACUGUGUCAUCUGCGAAACGGCCUCGUGAUGAGGAAAGCGACACCAAGUCUGUGAAGAGGGUCGCGGCUGAGCCGUCCACCGCACCAGCAAAUCUUCCCGGCCACAAGGCUGCACCGUCCAAGGUAGCGGUCCCUGCUCCCAAUACUACCGCUUCUCAGUCCAAGCUGUUCUCUGGGAGUGGUAUGCUGGGGGCGAAGGCCAAACUUGUCUCAAAAGCCGUAACGAAAGCCACGCCAGUGAAGCCGGAAAGUGGUGUGAGUAAGACGGAGGUUAAGAAGGAGGCUGGAUUGCCAAGGUCAGAAGUUUCAAAGGCAAGAAAGACAGAGUCAGCCAAAGACGAUGCACCAGUUACUUCCAAGUUUGGUGGUAUUGGUUCUUUACUUGAUGAGAUUUCGAAACCGAAGCCAGCCGGUCGCACAACGCCUGAAAAGGAGUCCAAAGUUAAGAAGGAUGAAACCCCCGAGGAGAAAGCCCGGCGCUUACGGAAGGAAAAGCGGCGACAUCUGAGGGUGACUUGGAAGGAAGACGACGCACUCACAGAGGUCAGAGUCUUCCAUAGAGAGAGUCUCGAGGAUGAGGGCAGGGCCAGCAACAUGAUACGCGACGCACGUGAUGACAGAUCUGAAGGCAUGGUGCUCAAGCAGGGAUUGCAGGGCGGCACGCACCCCGAAGAUGAAGACGAAGAAGACGAGCUGCCUUAUCGACCGUGGUUCCAGCCCCCGGGCAUUGACUUUGCCCUGAUUGCCCAGGAUCGGAGGGACAAACAAUUCGUCACUCGCGGUGGUCUGGUGAAUUUCGAAACCGAACAACAAAAAGCCAUUGCGGAACGUGAAAGCAAGGAAUUAAUGGUUAUCUACACCGAUCCAUCCGACAUCCCUCCCACGCCUAAGUCACCGCACACGCAAUCCCAAGAGGACACAGACAUGCAGUCAGGCACUGUCGCAUCCUUGCCACAAGACGAACCACAGCUGGCUGAGAUCCAUCUCCGUUGGAACGAAGCGACCUCGCGUGGCCUGUCUUGGGCGCGAUUGAACGCGUUGCGCAGAGCACAGAAGGGACAGGCUUCGCUGUCUGGUGCCACGAGUCAACUCAGUAUGCACUCCAACGCCUCAGCAGCUAUUGAUCCGACCCCGACCAGCCUCCAUAACAUGUCCAAAGAAGAUCAGGUCUUCUCGCUCCUCACCUCCGAACGCGUCAGGAAUUGGAGGGAUCCUGAUCCCUACGAUCCAGCAAACCCCCGAACGCGCCGUCGGUACGACUACACGGACCCUGGGACUCAACCAGCGGCCGACUUGAUUGAGGAUGUAGCAGAGACGCUGAAGGGUAAACCUGCGCCUCCCACUGAACCUCCUGAGUGGAUGAGACAUGACUCUGCAAAGGUAGCGGAAUGGUGGCACGGUUACAAUAAAGACAGACAACGGGUGGAGCAGCGAGCGCAACAACAGCGGGCUGCACAGCCUCUUCCAGCUGCACAGCAACACCAGGUUCCUUCGGCUGCUCAAAGCUCCGCCGAUCAACAAGCAGCAGCUUGGGCCGCGUACUACGCGCAGCUUCAGCAAUAUCAAGCUCAUCAGGCUCAAUCUACUUCGCAAACGUAUUCGCAGGCCUACGACCCUUAUCAACAGGCCGCACCGCCAGUCCAACAGCAGGCAGCUCCAUUGCAAGGUGGCGGAGAAUCCAAUGCGCAGCUUCAAGCUGUUCUUGCAGCCCUGAGCGCCACGCCCGCCCAAAGCCAUCCACAGCCUGCUCAGGCUUCAGCAGACACUCAGCUUCAAGCCCUGCUCGCAAGCCUCGGUGGCACCUCGACUGCCCCACCACAAGUACAGCAGCCUGCUCCCAAUCCCGCCGACCCCGACUAUAUGGCAUAUAUCAUGUCCCUAGCUGCAGGUCAAGCGCCAGAUCAAUCUCAACGGGCGCAGCAGCCAACGAAUAGCAGUCAACAGGCCGAUGACGAUCGCGAUUACGACAGAGAUCGAGAUGCGGAUCACUCAAAAAGCCGGGACAAGGGCCGCGGGGGGAAACAUGUUAACAACAGUGUGCCCCGUGGCAUCAACCCUAAUAAGAUUGGUACCAAGCCUUGCACAUUCUGGGCCAAGGGAAUGUGCAGCAAAGGUGAUUCUUGUACGUUCCGACAUGACUAG